AUGGCGAUUAUGAAUUGGAUUAAACGGUUACACACUCGCCAGACACCUAGUAACGAAGUCGAGAAUGCCGAACAUAUUUCCAAAGUCCCCGAGCCUACGAUUGUCUCCAUCCCUGGGUCCGGAACGAGCUCUGAGCGAACCUCCCCUCCAGGUACACCCAAGCCUGAGUUGGUGUCCAAUUUUGGCAGCCGGGAGACUCUUGGAUUAGAGAAACGACCGGAGUUUGGUCGUCUAGCAUCCUGGAGAGGUGCCAUGAUCUUACUGGUAACCUCAGGGUCCCAGUUCCUCGAUAACGUUUUCAUGACAAGCGCCAAUAUCGCCCUGUCACCGAUCCAGAAAGAGUUCAACGUGAACAGUAGCAACCUUCAAUGGAUGAUUUCGGCAUACACGCUGGCCUUUGGUGGCUUUCUACUACUAGCAGGUGUAUUAUCUGACCGUUAUGGGAGAAAAAUGAUCCUCUGCCUUGGCCUUUGCUGGCUUUCCAUCUGGACAUUGGCCAUCGGCUUUGGACAGUCGUUUAUCCAGCUUACGAUCUUCCGUGGAUUUCAAGGAAUCGGCGCCGCAAUGACAGUUCCGUCCGCAAUUGGCAUCAUCAGCUCAUACUUCACUGGCACCGAUCGCACGAGAGGCCUAUCGAUCUACGCAGCCUCCGGCACUCUUGGAUUUUGCGCGGGCCUUAUCUUUGGCGGCUUCCUGACAUCCUCGCUGGGCUGGCGAUACAUCUUCUACUUCAUUGUCAUUAUCACCGGCUCCCUAGGAAUACUAGGCAUGAUCGCCUUGCCCAAGGAUGUCCAGUCCGAGAGGAAGAAGGUGAAGAUGGACUACUGGGGGGCUAUGCUUUCUACCGCCGGACUCGUCCUGCUGCAGUUUGUGCUGUCUGGUGGCGGUGUUUACGGCUGGAACCAGCCCUUCAUCAUCGCUCUACUAGUCGUAACAGCAUUGCUACUUGCUGGCUUCGUCGUGCUCGAGAAGUACAUUAGCAACCCCAUCAUGCCGCUGUCCCUGUGGAAGCUUCGCAACUUUGCGGGGCUUUGGAUUGCGGGCUUCACUGGCUAUGGCACCUACCAAAACGUCAUCUACUACAUUGUUCUCACGGCGCAGGAAGUGGACAAGUUGAGCUCGGGGGACACCGCGCUUCGUUUCCUGCCCAUGGGCGUGAUCGGAUUCAUCGUCUCGAUGGGAACCGGGAAGGCCCUCGAGUAUAUGAACGGAAAAUACCUCCUCUUGGCCGGUAUGGCCCUCGCCGUGGUGGCCCCUAUCCCUAGCGCCUUGACUACGAGUCCUGAAACGAGUUUCUGGGUCAACGUCCUCCCCACCUCCCUGAUCAGCAUUUCCUCUGUUUCUCUUAUAUUUGUGACGACCAGCACUGUGAUCCUCACGAGCGUUCCGGUGCAUAUCAAGAGUUUAUGCGGUGGAAUGCUCAACACCGCAUUCCAGAUCGGCUCCGGGUUCGCCCUGGCCAUCUCAGCGGCCGUCACCACAGAAGUAGACAUCAAAAAACACCACGACCUCUCCCAGCAGUACACAACUGGACUCUGGUGUUCUGCCGGGCUGGCAGGUCUGGGGCUCAUUAUCGCCCUCAUCGCCGUCCGAAGAAAGGGCAUUGGCCCUCAGGACAGAAUGGGCGAUCCAGUUGUCGCCAUUUAA